CACAAAUAAGCCUAAAAUCUUUCUUUUCCUCCCCAUCAUGGCCAGAUUUACUUCCGUCUUUCCGAGAUGAUCCCACUGUUACCCCUCUAUACAGGCACAAGGACACUAUAUAAGGUCUGUGAUCCUUAUCAAAAGGAGCUGAUGGUUUGCUUGUGGUUCAAAAAAUGAUAUAUCACUUUGGACGGUUCGACCUGUGGGCCUUGAUGGGCCCAUUUCCGCGUGGUCAGGAUUCAAAUGAUGACUUUAUUCGGUGGAUACUUGAUGGAGACGGAAAAAAAUGGCAUCGGAAGCAAAUUCAAGUAAUUUGGGCAAAAAGUAUAAAUAGUCGGGGUCAUUUUGAACUUUUCUCAAUCUGACCCCCCACUUUUUGAUCUCUGAUACUUCUGUUCAAGUUAUUUUCACUUUUCAAACUUUUUCAAGUUUCACAGAACAUACUUCUUCUUCAUCGAGAUCAACCACUUUUCCAGUCAAAAUGAUUGCAAGCACUUCUUUCUACUUUGCUUUGACUCCCGAGCAAACUUCUCUGCCAAUGGGAUCACUUUCCAAGCUGACUUCAAUGUCUUCCUUCCGAUUGCCAAAGAGCAAAUCGAUCAAAAAGGGACUUGCAAAGCUUGCCUCAAUCCCAUCCUCCCUUUCACGCUCAUCACUUUCAAAGAAGAGCAAAAAGGAUGCCUUCGACUUCACAUCAGUCUCCAGUGAUUGGACUCUGGUCGAAGAUGAACAAGAAGUGCAAAACACUUUCACCUCUACCAGCUCUGAAGCUGAGUCCACUUUGGUUGAUUCGGAUCAAGAAUCAUCAGUGACUACCACCCCUUUUGAAGGUGAUUGGCUCUCCUCACCCCGCUCAUCUCUCACCAAAAGUCAAGCUGCCCUUCAGCUCAAGGAAGCUCGAAGACGUGCUCGCUUAUCACACGAACAAUACCUUGACAGUCGUCAAGAGAACAAGUGUCUUGCAUCAAAGGACAACUUCCAAGUCGAUCAAUCAUUGCAAGAUACUUUGAAAACAUCUUUCUCAUGUGACCUCUCAUCCUCUGAAGAUGAAGACUUUCUUGUCACCCAAAGUAUCAAAGCACGACUUGCAGAAGCACGCCUCAAAGCCAGUCAGUCUCACAGAGCUUACUUGGCUGUCAAAGAGGACACUUCCAUUCUUGACGAUCAAACCUUGUCUCAAGGAGUGAACACUUGGUUGGCUACCCCAAAGCAACCAGUUCAACUCAUUGUCACCGUUUGAUCAUCGUUUCAUAGAUUCAUAGUCUUCUAUCGUAUACCCGUUUCGUUUUGUUGUACUUGUAUCAAUUUUGAUCUUGUUUCUUGGCU